AUGCCCGGCAUCAGCGCAUCCAGUAGCCCCGCCGGUCCAAAGAUCAACACCACCACAUCUUCAUUUACGCUCCACUCUUAUCCUGGCCCCCUAAACCUCGGUCUGCGCGCUGCCGCCAAACUCGCCCGUGCCCACGCCCUGAACCCUUUCCAGGGCAUUACAAACCCCACCGACACCGCCACAACCAUCACUCCAACAAGAGCGCAACCGCUACAACACUCUGCUGGCCCUGGCCACGGGAGACAUCGACAAGCACCAUCCGCACCAAACACUUUCUGCGAUCAUUUUCACCAGAGAGUGGCGAUGAAGCAGACGGUCAACAACCAUAGGAAAGAACAACUCAUGCGUGACAGGCUUUCUGUUCUGGCCAAGACUAAAGCCAAGUUUGAGGCUAUCCAGAGGCAUAAGGCUUCGGUGGAGUCGAGCGUGGAAGCUUUUGGUGGUCUUUCUUUGAUGGGUGAGAAGGCGAAGUCGAAGGAGCAGUCAUUGGUACUGGCGGGAGAAAAUGUGAAGCAUGCGGUGGGUGGAGCCGCUGGGGCGGGAGGUCAGGUAGCCAAUGCGGAGAUGGACGAGGAGGAGGAGGAUUCUGAUGUUGAUGAAUACAUCUACUUGGAUGAGGAUAAACAUACCAUGGGUGGAACAGGAAGACAGGUGCCCAAUGUGGCAACUCGGGAAGAAGAGUCCUUGGAGGAUCUCGAUGUGGACGAAUACCUCUACCUGGAUGACGACUUUGAUGGUAGGGAGAUGUAA